AAAAAGUCCCUAGAGUCCAUAAACUCGAGGCUUCAGCUGGUUAUGAAAAGUGGUAAAUAUGUGCUAGGAUACAAACAGACUUUGAAAAUGAUUCGUCAGGGCAAAGCCAAGUUGGUCAUCCUAGCCAACAACUGUCCUGCUUUGAGGAAGUCGGAGAUCGAGUACUACGCCAUGCUGGCCAAGACCGGUGUCCACCACUACAGCGGCAACAACAUCGAGCUGGGCACGGCCUGCGGGAAGUACUACAGGGUCUGCACACUGGCCAUCAUUGACCCAGGUGACUCUGACAUCAUCAGAAGCAUGCCAGAACAAACCAGUGAGAAGUAAAUACUGCUGUAAAGAUGUCAUUUCUACAAUAAAACUGGUUACAGAUCUGUGUUAAGAAAAAAUUGUAUUAUACUUUUGCUGGUUUUAGGGAACAAAUUAUAUAAAUGAAGAUUCAUUACCA